AUGGAUCGUGCAGUCUGCAUUCGUUUGUGUGCCGUUGCGCGGGUGGCGUCCCGAAAACCAUCAGAUGAGCUAAUCAUCAUUGCAUGCUUGAGCGAAAUCGCGGAAUCAGAGACGGAAUCAAUCACGGAAAAGUUGUUGAAGAAGAUACGCGAUGAUACUGAUGAUAACGGUGAUCUUAAUGAUGCUGAUGAUGAUGAUGAUGACGAUGAUGAUGAUGAUAAUGAUUUGGAUGGUUAUGAGGAUGAUGAUGAUGAUGACCUGCCUUUUCAGCACACACAUGAGAACACACUAAUGGGAUUAAUGAAGCAUAAAAUCGUUAGCAACUAA